GGGAAGGCCGGAAGCGACCGGGCCCGUCCGGAAGCGAGUGGGCCUGGGCCCAGUGUGGCUGGGGCGGCGGGCCAAACGCCGCCAUGAGCCGCCUGCGGGAGGAGGAUGACCCGUAUGUGGUGGAGGAGCCCAGCGACGAGGAGCGAGCGCUCAGCAGCUCAGAAGAUGAAGUGGAUGUGCUCUUACACGGCACUCCUAACCAGAAGCGGAAGCUGAUCCGGGAGUGCCUGACUGGGGAGAGUGAGUCUUCCAGUGAUGAUGAGUUCGAAAAGGAGAUGGAAGCAGAACUGAACACCACCAUGAGGACUAUGGAAGGAAAAUGGAAAUCACCAGAAACGGGUACUUCCUCAAGUGUUGGGCAGACUGGACCUGCCACCACUUCAAAAUACUAUGAUGAUAUUUACUUUGAUUCUGAUUCAGAGGAUGAAGAUAAAAUAGUUACACAGGACAUCCGGAAAAGCAGAAGGCAUCAGCAGCGUCGGAUUCUUUCCAAUGAUGAACUGCUGUAUGACCCUGAAGAAGAUAACAGAGACCAAGAGUGGGUAGACUCACAGAGGAGGGGGUACCGUAACCAAAGGAGAGCGCCGUCACAGCAGCAGCAGAGAAAGCCUUUAGCUGUUCCAAACAGUGAUGCUGUUUUGAAUUGCCCUGCUUGCAUGACAACAUUAUGCCUGGACUGCCAGAGACAUGAAUCUUACAAAACACAAUACAGAGCAAUGUUUGUGAUGAACUGUGCUGUUAACAAAGAGGAAAUUCUGAAAUACAGAAAGAAGCUAAAGAAAAGAAGUAAGAAAAUGAAGCACAGCAAGGAAAGUACCUCUGUACAAUCAAAUGAAGAAGAGGAGGAAGUAUAUCAUCCAGUAUUAUGUACUGAAUGCUCCACUGAAGUGGCAGUAAUGGAUAAAGAUGAAGUUUUUCACUUCUUCAAUGUUCUAGCGAGCCACUGCUAAUGUGCAAAAGCAGGGGAAAAAAAUCCUUCACUGUUUAAGACUGUAUGAAGUACCAACAAUGCAGCCAUGUUAGCCUUUUUGAAGCGUGGUAUUUUAAAUGUUCCUUUUCAUUGGGAAUACAGUUAACUGAGUGCAUUUGAGAGCAAUAUUCUUUCACACUGUCAGGUGGUUGCAUCAUUGAGGAUUUGAAAUUCUGUAAAUACAAGAUCUGUAAGAUCUGUGUAUUAUGGUCAUUCCCUGUAUAUAUUCUCUCCAUUAUCUCAGUAUGGAUCAGAACUGCUGCUUAGAAUAAAUAUGGUGUUGUAA